AUUAGGCUCGCGUUUUGUUACUGACUCCUUCGUGUGAGUUUUUCUGGGAGUCUCUUCGUCUCGUCUUCAGCGUAAACAAUGUGAAUAAAUACAAGACUUAAUUUGCAAGAUUUUUUAAUUGGAUUGGAGAAGACAAUACAGAAAAGAGAUUUCAAUCCUGUCCAGUUUAUAGCAGAGAAAAAACAACAACUGAUGUGAUUUUUUGUGGCAUAGGACAGUUUCGGACAAUUUUUGUUGUCAAGAGUUUAAAAGUAAGCAGAUGAACAGUUUCUUGGGAAAACCUGAAGGAAAAAAUUCAACUGUUUGAUACUGUGAUUCUAUUGGAGUCUACUGAAAUUUUAAAUCUUUUGUGUCAAAUCCUAGCCUCUAAGAUCUUAACAUCUAAGGUCCUAACAUCUAAGAUCCUAACAUCUAAGGUCCUAACAUCUAAGGUCCUAACAUCAAAGGUCCUAACAUCUAAGGUCCUAGUGGUCACAAAGCUAUGUUUCUACAGCAUCACUUGUCUUCAAUAUUUCUCAGUUUUUAUUUGUGCUGUGCAAAUGUGUAUAGUGAGGUCCUACGCGAUGCUGAAGACGUCACUCGGAAUCAGGCCUCGGAACAGUGUGGUCAGGUGGUCAACGAAUGCAUGUUCCUGUCUGUGAAAUCUGCGGACUUCAACUGCAGCUUUAUACAGGAACUAGAGUACUGUAUAGACGAGGCUAACCACUUGUGUCAAGCCACACAAAGGCAGAACACUAAACCACAACUAACUGCAACAGUUACACCAACUGCCGCCUCGCCAGGAAAGCCGAAGAAGAAAAACGCCAGCAAGUAUAACUCCACUGUCACGCCAAAAAUGUCACGCUACGGAAACGCCACCGCCAGGGCCCACUACUCUGAAGAUUAUGCAGACGACAUCAACUUUAUAAGACAAAACCUGGAGAGGCUGAAAAAAUCAAACGAUUGUGAACAGAAUAGUUCCAACAGAAUCACGUGGUUUUUUAAAACAUUCCCUAUUGGUCACAUCUGCCUAAUGUUGUGGAUUGUUCUCAUUUUGUCGCCAAUAACAGCAUCUAUUUAAUAUUGGUUUCGCUUAUCGGCAAUAGUAGAAGGACACUGAAUUUUAGCGCAUGACUGUGUGGAAGAA